AAGGUAACAGGCAGGCACAUCGGCAGAUAGCAAGGCGCUGUGAUGGCUGUGGAAAGUCGGCAUCGUCAGCGAAAAAGUCAAAGAAAAACAAGGAAAGCAAUGUACAUGUGACAACAUGGACGAAUAUCUUGUUGCGUUAGAAGAUUUAUCUGUCCUUAGCUGCUUAUAACUGUUUCUGUGUCGUGCUUGAUCGUGGCUGAACUCGUGCGGAGGGACCAGCCCAAAAAUCGAUAUGUCCACCGCGUUCUCGGACGAAGGAUCUUUGCCAGACAGCAGUGAUCAAGAUGAUCGGGAGCCCCUCGAUCAACGAGUCCAGUUUGAACUGGAACGCCUGAAUACGGCCACAGAGCUUAUAAAUAAGCUGGAAAUCGAACUUGAUGAAGCAAGGUCCAAUUUUCGCCUGCUUCUGUCGGAGUCGUCACAGAAGAUUAAUCAACUUGCCAGAAAGCUGGGAAGCCAUGUAGAAAAAGCACGGCCUUAUUAUGAGGCUAGGAUGAAAGUGAAAGAGCUGGAAGAUGCAGCGCGCAAAGCCUCUCUGCGACAUGAACGGGCGUCGCUGGCGCAUUGCACAGCCCGACAGAUGGUGGCACUGGCGGAAGAAGGCCUGCGGCGUCAAGGUGCCCAGGGUUCUCUGGACCCUGUCUUUCAAGAAAUGCUCAACCAGGCUACUGUUCGGGUGAACGAGGCCGAGCGUGAGCGGGUGGUGAGCCGGGCCGAGCAGGGGCGACUAUGGCACGCCUGCAAAGGCCAGCAGCAAACAGUGCUUGAUCUGCACCAGGCUCUCAAAAAGUCAAUUGUCAAGGCCAGUCUGUCAGCACGCAGAAGUUUGCUACAACUUAACAAUUUAGCAAACCAGCAUGAACUUCAGUUGCUGCCAUACUUUGAGAUGAAGGCACAGCUAAAUGAAGCUCUUGAGGAGCAGAAAAAACGAGUCUUCCACAUGGAAGAGGAUGUCAUGCGGGUCAAGUUCUCGUACACCGAGGCUCUGCACAACUUGGAGCAAAUCAGCGACCAGAUGCACCAGGACCGCCUGCUGAUGCCAAACAGCAGCAGUAGCGGCAGCAGUCUGCUCAGCAGCGAUGACUGCUGCGGCCGUGGUAGCAGUGAUGAUGGCUUUGCCCACGCCGUGGGUGAUGGGUUCCCACAGCGUCUAGUGAAAUCCUCUAGCCUUUCUAGCUCAGAGAUGCUGAAAAUAUAUGAGGAUAUCUGCUGUGAAGAGACAUAUCGAAAAUUGCCUGAGCCUCGAAGAACUCAAAGGCAUCCAGCAGGCAUUCGAAGGGCCUUUUCUGAGGGAGGUCAUCAACCUGCGAUGUGCCCAUCACCAUCACCAGCUAGUCAGCACAGAGGACUUGUUUCAUCACUUGUUGACCGGGUGUUUCCGACCAAGCCUUCUCAAACACAAGUCAGAGAGGAGAAGCCUGUGAGGGUUGCACAAUCUGCUGUGCCGACAUUAAAGCAGUUAGUUGCUGCAGUGAUAGACCAGAUGUUCCCGGACACCACCCAGUGCAAUGGCAACGAAGAAAUUAUGCUUGAUCUAACUGCACCUGCUCGAAACAACAAUGGUGCCCCUGGUGUUCCCCUUGCCACCCUUGCCACCCUCGAAGACCUUUCGCCAGUCAUUGCUUUGGAUAUUGAGGCAUCAUUGGCAAAAGCAGCUCGAAGACUCACUCUGGACGGGACUUCCCAAAGGCUGCAGACAGUCGAGGAAGGCUCUGACACUGACAGUCUCCUAAGCACAGGCACCGGUGGCACUCUCGAUGAUCGGCAAAUUGACUGCCUUCUGCUAGACCGCGUGCUCGAACAGGACUACCAGGAGGUGCUGAACUCCUGCAGGGACUCCUCACAUUUGUAGGAAGGGCUUGUCAAAGACGUGCAAAUGAAUGUUGCUAUUUAUGUGUGUUAAAGCGCGAGGUUAGCUGUGUCAUUGUAUAUGGUGGAUGGAGUGUGGCAGUGGUGCAUGAACGCUGUUAAGUCUGUGCUGCCAUCUCUUGUGCAUUGUAUUAGUAAAUGCUUUUGAAGCUACUGUCAGGCAUAUAAAUUCGGCACAAUGUGUUUGUUGCCUACAUGUCUGAGUUAUGCUUUUAGUUCACAGAACAGUGAAGGGGUUGUAGGGAUACUUACUUACAAUUACCUAGAGAGAAAAGCGGCACUACAGUCCUGCUGCAUGCAAGGGAAUGCUAGCAAGCAGUGGCUUCUGAUUGUUUUUCUCUGAGAGGCAAAAUAAAUUGAACAUUAAACAGGCACUGCUGAUGGAGUGACCUGUAUUCUGUCUGUAAUAAUGAUUUAAUCUCUACCAAAAGAAAUUUGCAAUGUGCUGCAUUCCUUACAUUAAUACAGUUGAACCUCGAUAUAACAAACACAAUUAUAUGAUGAAUUAUCUGAUAUAACGAAGUAAAUAUAAAAUUUAGUUGGCCACAUUUUAUUUUCAUAGAGUGUUCUACUGCUAUAACGAAAUUGAAUAUGUAUCCAAUUCGGUAGUGGUUACAGCGAAGCAAAUAUUUGUUUGCAGGUACCUUAAAAUGUAUAUAUCUUGGCAACAAAAAAUGUCAAAUACAGUUGCUGACCGAUUUUUCAAACACCUUUCGGACUUGUGCAAUUAUUUGCAUUUCCCUGUGGUACUGCCAACUAGCCCUACUUCUAGCAUUAAAAUAAUGACAGAGAUUUCGUUUUCCAGCAUGAAUUGGCACAAUGUUUCCGGCAUGAAUAGCGUGUGCUGUGCCACAAUCAAAUCGGCCAUGAACAAAGUUGUUGUCAUGCCAAAUGGCACAAAACCACAACUUUUGUUGCCAACUUCCAACGAAACGAUGAUAGUUAGGCUUAGCAGCCAAAGCAGUAUGAUCAUCAGACUGGCUGGUGACAAGCUGUCGCGGGGAAGCUAGAAUGCCGGAAGCCAACUAGAAUGCCUCGCUAUCGUAUGCAGAAUCCGCUUGUGUCCCAAUGAUGGUGGGACACAAAAAAUGGCAGCAAAGGUGUUAGCUGUUUCAAAAUGGCAGGUGAUUUGAACCAACCGGGUGACGUUUCGAAGGAGCCACAACGACGCAUUUUGUUCUUUAGAUGACGCUUUUAAAAAGGUUGCAGUUAGAUGUUAAAAAGUGGCAGGAACAAAAAUUAAGGUGGUGUCAGACGAAAGUGGUGUCAAAUCAUAAUGGCCGAUGUUAGCUACAGUGUUCUUAAAUUUUUGAAGUUUUUAAGGCCGAGUUUACAUAUAACUAUCUACUGAUAUAACGGCCACUUUUUGCAGAACUAACAAGUUUGUUAAAAAUGGGUUCGACUGUAUAUGCAAAUGAACUUUAAUGCAAAGUUUAUUAUGGAAAAGCGAAGGCUUGUUGUGGAAACUUAAUUCCUAAAAAGCUUAAUUUGUGUCUUUUUAUAAGCCAAGCAGCAUUCAAAACAAGCUAAACAUUCCAUAUCUCAGCAUUCCCUUGUUGGCACAGUGCUUGUUAAGAUAACUCACAUAGACGGUGACAACACAUUUCUCACCAGGUAGUAUUCCUGUGGCAUGGACACAUGGUAAAUUUUGCAAUGCUGAGGCAAAUUUGUAAUGUACGGUAUGCUCUCUUCUAGGAGUCGUCAGAUUCUGCUGGCCUUUUUCCAUGUAGCCAGACAAACAACCCGAUGGUGCGCAAAAAAUGGCUCUUUAAGUGGUUGCAAUGUGUAAUGGCUUUCCUGGUCUCUAAGAACUCUGCAGGCUUUAUAGUACUCAAUACCAGUUUACUUGUUUGCACUGGCCAUGGGGGUAGUUGUUCUUUGCUUGCAUCAUGGCAGCCAUGUAGUUAGUCCUACUGCAAUUGUUUACUCGCUAUGAAAAACGAUGUGUCAUUUCUGUGAGUUUGCUUCUCUUGCUGGGGGAUAACUGUUUCUGAGAUAAUUCACCUGAUGGCUGAAUUGGGCAGUGUCCACCAAACUGAUCACUUUUAAUGCAGUGAAUGGCGGUAAUGUUGUGAUCAAUGAUGUGACCAUUAGUGUCGGUGCAGACUGCUGGCAUCAAGAGUAGCUAGGAAUAAAUCUGCUCAUGCUGUUGUCAUGCUGAUCCAAGUGACCAUGGUAAUCCAAGAAACAUCCAAUUAUGAUUUGAAUGUCUUGUUAUACAGGGAUAUUCAUGCUGGUUAUCCAAAGGAUAUCUUUGUGGCAUAAUAUCCACAUGUAUGGAAGCUUACAUAAAAUUCCCAGUGGACGUACAUACAAUGGAUGCUUACUAAUUCCUGUUCUGGCAUUUCACAAUAUGAAGGUUCUGCCACUUAACGUUCUUUUGUCGUCUCUUCCCCAAAAAAAUUAUGGGUAAAAUGUCAGUAAUAGAAAUAAAUGUACAAACUCUGACACAGAUCUAAACGUUUUCUACCAUUCAUGUCCUCAUGAAAACAUAUUCUCAUGAAGCUGAAUAGGUAACAAGAAUUGUUGGAAAAUGUAAAUAAAUGUAAAUUGAAAGAUACCAUGUGAUAAAUCUUGAUCACAUUGAGUAUGUAAUGCAUUUUUACAACUGGCAAAAUUCACUAUCAUAACUUUACACCUGUGUCUUGGGCCAACACCCAUUUGUGGCCCAGUUGUUGCUUGCAUAUAACUGCGAGCAAACUGAAGCUAUGUGGUUCUAAAGGAGUUGGAUUACCCGCACGCGAUUGAAUUUAAUAUUUACUUUUUUGCUUAAGAUAAAUAAACUUGUACUUCUGGCAUGCAAUAUGCUUGCCUAUGUCGAUCCAAGUGGAAGUCUGUCAGGAAUUUGAAGAUACCUUACAGAUAUCUAGGGUAUCCAAACAGGAUUUCCAGUUAUCGUUCAGCGAAUGUUCAUGGUUACUUGAAGGAGCCGAUGUUAUGCCGUGAACUGUGGCGGAAUUGUUGACAAAUCACAGGAGCUAUAGAAAUAAAAUAUCAAAACCGUCUGUUACUUUUCUUAGUGCAUUGCAUUUUGAGCUGCUUUGUAAAAAUGUGCUAUGCUUUCAUGAUUGUGAAAAAUAAUUUUAAAAAUAAUUAGGAAAUGGAUGUUACUGUUAUGAUUUGAUAAUCAUUUUACUGUCUACAUAUACAGUUUUUGUUGAUGAGAAUCACUAGAUGUGGAGAAACACAGCAACAGCUUAACUUGUUUUCCUUAGCACAUGUAAAUUUGAACUGUUUUUGUUUGACCUUCAAGAAGCACUCAUACAAGAAAGUAACUGGAGAAAGGGUAAUGAAAUUAGAUUGACUGAGUCAUGGCAACAUCCCAAAGCAAUGCUAGGGCUUAGUAAUGGAUAACAUCACCAUAGUUUGCUAAGUUGUUUACUGCCGCCUAAUUGGUACUUUUGAUGCCUGUAUAAUUUCAAUAGGUUAUUACGGUGUUGUACAUUGCUGGUACGCCUUGGAUAUUAUUUAGACAGGCUCAGUUGCAAUGAAGAUGCAGCAGAUGACAUACUAUGCUCCCUCUGAUUGUGUUUAAAAUGUGGCAGCUCAUUAGCACUCAUUCUUGGCAGCGAUUGUGCGCGUCUUAGUGCACUUCAGAAAAGAGACAUCUGUUGGAUGAGGCAAUUACCAUGGUGGAGUACAGGCAGAUGAAAUGAUGUUCCAUUUAUUGAUUAGCUGUUGUAAUUUUUACCUAUUUCAUACUCUAUAGCCCAAGGCAUGUUUUGUGCUUCAAUUUCAUUGUGAAUUGCUAUGAAUGUUCCUUUCUUAUCUUCAACUAUGUGAUAUUAGCUGCAGUUUUAUUCUAGUCAAGAGAGUUAAAUGCACACAAAGUUAUUGUUGCAUUGCCUUCUGUAAGCAUAUUUUCAUGCAGCUUCGUGUUUUCCUAGAUUUUUUUUAAAUACAUAUAUGAGUGCAAUACAAUUUAUCUGAUGCACUUCUGUGUGUGGUCUUAGGACAGUAUUGCCAUACUUUACUGAAUUCUGAGGAGUUGUCUUAAUUCACUGUUGUUCUCAAUUUUUCUUUUCCUCGCUCUCAAUUGGUGAAGAGGACAUCUCUCUUCUUUUGUCCUGACAGGUAUACCUCAAAGUUAUGACCUCAAUUUAAAUGUGCAAAUCAUUGGUUCUCUUUAUUUUUCUUAUGUUGGCGGGAAAUAAUAAAAGGAUUGUUACGUAUGUAUGCUACAUAUGGAAAACUCCACCUUGUGUGUUUCAUCAUGUGCAAUAUGAAUAAACAAAGGAAUGAAAA